AUGCCACCUAAAAAACGAUUAUCUUUAUCUCGAAAUUCGAGAGAAGCUAAGAGAAAUGUGCGUUCUCAAGAAUCGGCAGAGGAAACUGCUUCACAACUAGAAUUGCGGCUCACAGCUGACCGCGAACGGCAUACAUUAUCUCGCGAGUCCGAAACCUACACUGAGAGGGAAUUACGUCUCACAGCUGACCGCGAAUGGCAUACAUUAUUUCGCAAGUCCGAAACCUACACUGAGAGGGAAUUACGUCUCGCAGCUGAUCGCGAACGGCAUGUACUAUUCCGUGAGUCCGAAACCUUCACUGACAGGGAAUUACGUCUCACAGCUGAUCGCGAACGGCAUGUACUAUCCCGUGUGUCCAAAACCUACACUGAGAGGGAAUUACGUCUCACAGCUAACCGCGAACGGCAUACAUUAUCUCGGGAGUCCGAAACCUACACUGAGAGGGAAUUACGUCUCACAGCUGAUCGCGAACAUCAUAUUUUAUCUCGAGAAUCUGAAACUUUUACUCAAUAUGUAGACCGUUUGACAAAUGAUAGGGUGCACCAUAAUAUUAUUCGAUCUCCUGAAGAUGAACAUGAGCAUAAACAACGACUAGAGUCGGGACGCGAAUAUUACAAUUCUUUGAGACAAGAACGAUUAAUAAGUUUGUCUAAUGAAAGAUUAAGAAUUGAAAAUAUUCAGUCUCUUGAAACGGACGAACAGCGAGAGGCCCGUCUGCAGACAGAUUUCGACAUAGUCUUAAUGACUUAG